AGCACACCUCUCCAUACACCACCCACCACUACAAAGUUUCCUUUUCUUCCUUCUUUUCUCUCAAGCCAAACAAAAAAAAAAAAGAAAAAUAAUAAGCAAUUAAAACAGGAAUUCUUCUUCCUGCUUCUCUUUUUCUCCAAAGCUAUACUUAUCAUGAUGAUGAUGAUCACUGAUCAAGAACCCAUUGUCAGAGAAACCAAGCCCAAAAGCAGAAGAAUCAUGGGAGGAGGAGGUCCAGAUGAUGAUGGUGAUGAUAAUAAACUAGUAGCAGAAGAGGAGGAAGGAGAAGAUGUGAAGUGGCCGCCAUGGCUGCGGCCCCUUCUUCAAACAAGCUUCUUUGUUCAAUGUAAACUUCAUGCUGAUGCCCACAAGAGCGAAUGCAAUAUGUAUUGUUUGGAUUGUAUGAAUGGUGCUCUUUGCUCUCUUUGUCUUGCAUUUCACAAGGAUCAUAGAGCUAUUCAGAUAAGGAGAUCAUCAUACCAUGAUGUGAUAAGGGUUUCAGAGAUACAGAAAUAUAUGGAUAUAGGAGGAGUCCAGACAUAUAUUAUCAACAGUGCAAGAAUUGUGUUUCUGAAUGAAAGGCCUCAGCCUAGGCCUGGUAAAGGUGUUACUAAUACCUGUCAAGUCUGUGAGCGCAGCCUCCUUGAUUCUUUCAGUUUUUGCUCUCUUGGUUGCAAGAUUGCAGGGACAUCCAAGAACUUUAUACAGAGGAAGAGGAGAAAGGAUCAAAUGGAUAAUUCUGAUGCAGAAUCACUCAAUGGAGUUAACAAUAAAAACAGCAAGACCAAAAUCCGAAGCUUCUCGCCAUCGACGCCACCACCAACCGCCAUGAAUUAUAGGACCGCCAAGAGGAGGAAGGGGAUCCCACACAGAGCUCCCAUGGGAGGACUCAUCAUAGAGUACUAAGAAAUGAAUAGCUCCAGGUUCCUUAUAUACAUAUAUGACCCUGUUAUAAUUACACUUUUUAAAAAAAAAGACACUAUUAUAAUGCCCCUAAUAAUCAAUGUUAUAGCAUAUACAAGUUACAUCACCUGAGCCUUGUGCCCAAGAGGCCGGUGUUGGAUUCUAAGUAAGUCAGUCCUGUGUUUGUACAUACAAGAGCUGAACAACAAAAAUAAGGAGUCAAGAAAGGGGGGGGAAAGGAAAAACAAAGAAGAUGAAAUGGGUGUUUGAUAGUAAGAUUAUGUGUAGUGUUUUAUGAAGGGCAUGAUCUUAAUAUGUUAUAUUAUAUACAUAAAUAUAUAUGGGUUGAAUCUUGAAUGUACAUGUAUAUAUAUAUAUAUAUAUAUAUAUAUUAGAAGAAUUGUAAUGUGGAAAGAGAAUGAAUGUUGAGUAACACGUUUUAAGUUAA